AUGUCAUUUAAGAAUCUCACCGUAGCAGACAUGCGUGGUGCCGCCUUCUCAAUAUCCCAGUGCACCCGUUUCCGCGGCGCCCCUGGUGUGGGUAACUGCACCAACUCGCAGUUCCAGAUUCGAGACAUUACUGUUGACGGCAUGGUGGGCACGACCAAGUCGGCUCGUGUGGCCAGUCUUCAAUGCAGCGCAAUUGCUCCCUGUACGAAUAUCGGACUUUUCAACGUCAAUUUGCGGUUGCCAAACGACACGGCCGCUGCUUCGUAUUUGUGCGAUAACGCAGCGAGUCCGAGAGGUUUCGAGUGUACUGGCACACCUUGCGUUGGAGGGAGCGCGACGGGCGAAUGCUGA